CAGUCAACGUCAGUCAGUGGGCACUAUUCAGCUCGCAGGAGCUGCUGAACUUAUUCAUCCUGCAACUGUCACACAAACUAUCAGUCUGUCCAGCAUCUGAGAGGCGAACGAGUGCGUACUGUUAAUCACAUUACACAUCCCCUGGCAUUAGACCACGACUCUGACUUCACUUAUGCUGCAAGGGAACGGAGGAAAUUAUUGGAUAUUACUUGCUCCUUGUAUUUUUGCAUAUUUUCUUUGCGUCGAGUCUACAACUCAACCAUUCUGAAACUGCAUUUGUUAAUACACGUGUCAAAAUGCCGGUGAGUGCGAGUUUGGCGUAUAAAAACUACGAUUACGACUACGACUCCAUCCAGCCCUAUUUCUACUUCGACAACGACGAUGAGGAUUUUUAUCAUCAGCAACAAGGACAGACUCAACCUCCGGCUCCCAGCGAGGACAUUUGGAAGAAAUUCGAGCUGCUGCCCACGCCGCCCCUCUCGCCCAGCCGGAGACAGUCGCUCUCCACCGCGGACCAGCUGGAGAUGGUCAGCGAGUUUUUGGGGGACGACGUGGUGAACCAGAGCUUCAUCUGCGAUGCGGACUACUCCCAGUCCUUCAUCAAGUCCAUCAUCAUCCAGGAUUGCAUGUGGAGCGGCUUUUCCGCCGCCGCCAAGUUGGAGAAAGUGGUUUCGGAGAGACUGGCGUCCCUGCACGCUGCCAGAAAGGAAUUAUUGUCGGACAGUACGGAUAGCGCCUCAAAUCGUCUCAAUGCGAGUUACUUGCAGGAUCUGAGCACAUCUGCAUCAGAAUGCAUAGACCCGUCGGUGGUGUUCCCUUAUCCUCUAACCGAGUCACCUAAAUCCUGCAAGGUUGCCCCAUCACAGCCCAUGCUGGUAUUGGACACCCCACCGAACAGCUCGAGCAGCAGUGGGAGUGAUUCAGAUGAUGAAGAGGAGGAGGAGGAAGAAGAAGAAGAGGAGGAGGAAGAAGAAGAAGAGGAUGAGGUGGAAGAAGAAGAGGAAGAAAUUGAUGUGGUGACGGUAGAGAAGCGCCACAAAAGAAGCGAGACCGAGGUGUCCGAAUUGAGGUAUCCCAGUCCCCUGGUCCUGAAGCGCUGCCACGUCUCCACCCACCAGCACAACUAUGCCGCCCACCCCUCCACGCGGCACGAGCAGCCCGCCGUCAAGAGGCUACGGCUGGAGGCCAGCGCAGUGGUCAGCAGCAACAGGCACGCGAAACAACGCAAGUGCACGAGUCCACGGACGUCAGAUUCAGAGGACAACGACAAACGCAGGACUCACAAUGUACUGGAGCGCCAGCGCAGAAACGAACUCAAGCUCAGCUUUUUCGCGCUACGGGACGAGAUCCCUGAUGUUGCGAAUAACGAGAAAGCCGCCAAAGUGGUGAUCCUAAAGAAAGCGACAGAAUGCAUCCACAGCAUGCAGAAGGAUGAACAGAGGUUGCUGUCAAUCAAAGAACAGCUGAGGCGAAAAAGUGAACAGUUAAAGAACAGGCUGCAUCAGCUGCGGAGUUCACAUUAAUGAAUCAAGUUGAAAAGACUUUAAAGACACAACCCCCCCCCAGCUUUUUUAUGCAAGUUAAGGACUGUUUCUGUGUAUAGUUGUGAUGUUGCAUGUUCAAUGCAUUUUUCUUUUGACUAUUGUCAGUUUUUUCAAUGUUCAAAACUGCCACAGUUUCCAAUUUAAAGUGGUUAAAUAAAAUAAUUUGUAUUUAAGUCAUUUAUUUUUAUUAAUAAAAUAAGAAAAUAUGGGGACACACAACCCUAAAGUAAAAUUUGUUUUAUAUGUUUUUGUAUAUAACGGAUUAAUUUUCCUAAGAAAGGUAUUUUUGGAUCUGUAUCAGCUAUGUGUUCUCAUCAGCCAUAUAUUUGUUUCACUAUGUGGUUUUUUCAUGUUUUCACGAUUCCUAAUCAUAAAUGCAUUUCUUUCGGAA